AGGAUGUAGGAAACGGGCUUUGCAGUCCAGUUGCUGUAAACGGGCAGAUCCCCAGAUGUUCAAAUGGCAAAUUAAAACUGAAGAUUCUCAUAGUUAAGAAGGUGCUGAUCGAUCCAGUGUUCCUGUCUGCCCCAGGCCACCAUGUCUCGCGCACGUCAGCCCCCGCUGGUCACAGGCAUCUCGCCCAAGGAGGGUGCAGCCUGGACCAAAGUUACCAUCCGAGGAGAAAACUUGGGCACAGGCCCAGCUGACCUCAUCGGUUUGUCUAUCUGCGGCCAUAACUGCCUGCUGACAGCUGAGUGGAUGUCAGCCAGCAAGAUAGUGUGCCGCGUGGGUCCUGCCAAAGACGACAAGGGAGAGAUCAUUGUCACCACUAAGUCUGGGGGUCUUGGUACCUCCACAGUUUCAUUCAAACUGCUUAGACCUGAUAGGAUUGGUAUCCUGGACCAGUCUGCUGUGUGGGUGGAUGAGCUGAACUACUACGACAUGAGGGCCAACCGCAACAAAGGCAUCUCCCCCCUCUCCCUGCGACCCAGCAAUCCACUGGGCAUCGAGAUAGACAAAGGAAAAAUCCCACAGAAAGACAUGGAGCUGACAUUUCCAGGAAUGAGUGGAGACUUCACCAGUGAGAACUUCUCUUCCACAUGGUAUCUCAUAGAAAACCAUGCGGGCUCUAGUUUUGAGCAGUUGAAGAUGGCAGCCACUAACCUGAAGAAGCAGGCUACCAAGAAGAAUGAGGGGAGUCUGGCCUAUGUGAAAGGAGGCCUCAGCACGUUCUUUGAGGCCCAGGAUGCACUAGCAGCAAUCCACCAGAGACUGGAGUCUGAUGGCACAGAGAGAGUGGAGGGAUCAAUGACCCAGCGACUAGAAAACAUCCUCAACAGAGCAAGUGAUACAGCAGAUACUCUUUUCCAAGAGGUCUUGGGGCGGAAAGACAAAGCUGACUCCACACGCAAUGCACUCAACGUCCUACAGCGUUUCAAGUUUCUCUUCAACCUGCCACUCAACAUUGAACGCAAUAUCCAAAAGGGAGAUUACGAUGUGGUGAUCAAUGAUUAUGAGAAAGCCAAAUCUCUUUUUGGUAAUACUGAGGUUCCUGUUUUCAAAAAAGUGUAUGCUGAAGUUGAGACGAGGAUUGAAGCUCUGAGGAGUCUCUUACUGGAGAAACUGCUGCAGACACCAUCAACACUUCACGACCAGAAGCGAUACAUAAGGUACCUGUCUGAUCUGCAUGCUCCAGGUGACCCAGCAUGGCAGUGCAUCUAUGCCCAGCACAAGUGGAUCCUGCAGCUCAUGCUAAACUGCAGAGAUGAGUUCAUCAGUGGCCAGAGAGUGGGUGUCGGAGCUCUAGACCUGGAAGGGGAUACCCGUCCGUCAGCCCUUGGCAGACUCAGCCACACAACGUCUUUGAAGAGAGGAGGCAGCCUACGAUCACAGCGACCCAGCACCUGGUGCUUUGAAACCCCACAGCAGGUGCAGUUUGUGGAGAAGCUGUCAGACGUGGUGAUUGGUCAGCUGCCCAACUUCUGGAAGCUUUGGAUCUCUUAUGUUAAUGGGAGUCUUUUUAGUGAGACUGGAGAGAAAUCUGGGCAGGUGGAAAAAUCCAAGAAGAAUGCCAGACAGAGACAAAAUGACUUCAAAAAAAUGAUUGAGGAGUUGACCAAUCGACUUGUGAAGCUUAUUCGGGGGGCUCUCCUCCCCGCCACCUUGCCACAGGGGGAGCUGAGUUUCUACGGAGGCUGGGAGUACAAGACUGACCUCUCUGGAGCCUGGCUUACGCAGAUGAUACACAUUGUCAGGGGUUGUCACGAGGCUCUGUCUGCUUUGGAGAUCCCCAAUGAUUUGCUGCAGGUGAUCCAGGAUCUGCUGUUGGAGUUGAGAGUUCACUGCCUCAUAAUGACUCUACUACACACUACAGAAGAUGUCAAGGGGCUUGCUGAGAAGGAGGACUGGGUUGUAGAUAAUGAGGGAAUCACCAGCUUGCCCUCACAGUUUGAACAGUGUAUAAUCCAGAUGCUGCAGUCACUCAAAGAGCCACUGGAAAUCAAACCAGGAGAGAUGAAUCUGUUACAGUUGGACCAGGUUCAGGAUCAGGCAACAGAGCUGAGUGUGAGAAUCAUGAAGGUUUUCAUCAACUGCUUGCAGCAGCUGAGCACUAAGACAGAUGAAGACAUUGCUGCAUCUCACAACAUCGCAGUGGACUUGUCAUCUCCAGAUCGGUUUGCCAGCCUUCAAGAGGGCUCCAGUCCAACAUCUGAGCAGCGUCUUCUGAUCGUCCUCAGUAACUGCCACUACCUGGAGAGACACACAUUCCUGAACCUGGCCAAUCACUUUGAGAAGCAUGGCUUCACAGGCACAGAGAAGAUCACACAAGUGUGUGUGGACGCUGUGCGGGAGCUGGACAGAAAGCUAUUUGAAGCCUAUAUCGAGAGGCGGGCCGACCCAAUCGCAGGCUCGCUGGAGCCUGGCAUCUAUGCCGGAUACUUUGACUGGAGAGACUGCCAAACACCGACAGGUGUGAGGAACUACUUGAAAGAAGCUCUGGUCAACAUCAUCACAGUUCACGCUGAGGUCUUCACAGUCUCUAAAGAUCUGGUUCCUCUAGUCUUAUCUAAAAUUGUUGAGUCCGUUGCGGACGAGAUGUGUCGUCUUAUGCAAUGUGUGUCAUCCUUCAGCAAAAAUGGAGCCCUGCAGGCUCGCCUUGAAAUCUGUGCUCUGAGAGAUGCCAUAGCCACAUACCUGAACACUGACAGCAACGAAAGCUUCAAACUGGCUUUGGACGCCCUGCCUCAAUUACACAGCGGAGCUGAUAAGAAGUUGCUGGAGGAGCUGCUGAACAAGUUUAAGAGCAGCAUGCAGCUCCAGCUCACCUGCUUCCACCCGUCCUCUGUCCAGCCUGUCAAGAGAUAAACUCACCCACUCUAUCUACUACCGCACUGCACUGUAGUUGUUUCUUGUCUGUGUGGAGUCUUCUCGUGAACUUUAUCUAUAUCCUUUCAGUUAUCACUUUAUUGUUUACUCAUCACUUUGUUCAGUGUCACUUUCAAUUUCUGCUUCACUGGAUUAGACAUAAAUGCCUCUCCAUCUAAUUCUGUAGACACUAAAUGAGUUGAUUUCAUUGUUACUGUGUAGGACAGUCCCAGUUAUGUUGGUUAUGCUAAUCGCAUACAGCCGCUCACGCAAUAGACAGUGUGCAAGUGGGCAACUUUCUUGUUUCAAGAAGGUUCUGGAUCAGCAGUGGUAUGUGGGUCGUAAGAGGCCGGGUGUCCAUUGCCUCUUCUCACACUCUAAAACUGUCCUGAUGAAUGUGGUGAAGCUGUAAAGUUGCUGCUGACGCUUUGUGCUGUGUCAUCUCAUCUGCCCAAUAAAGUGCUGCAACUGCGUUA